GCUGCGGACAGCGGCCGGACCAGCUUUGUUCGCAGGGUGGCGCCUGCUCUCCAUCCAGGCCCUGCUCCUUCUGGGGGCUCGGUGGGCAGCUGGCGCUGUGGGCCCCCCGCCAUGAGUGUCUAGAGGCACGGAGCCACCAAGGUCUCUCUGGAGGGGGCUCGGGGCACUGGGAGGAUGGGGCAGGACCAGACGAAGCAGCAGAUCACGAAGGGGCUCCAGCUAUACCAGUCUAACCAGACAGAGAAGGCGCUGCAGGUGUGGACGAAGGUGCUGGAGAAGAGCUCGGACCUCGUGGGGCGUUUCCGCGUGCUGGGCUGCCUGGUCACGGCCCACUCGGAGAUGGGCCGCUAUAAGGAGAUGCUGAAGUUUGCUGUGGUACAGAUCGACACGGCUCGGGAGCUGGAGGAUGCCGACUUCCUCCUGGAGAGCUACCUGAACCUGGCGCGCAGCAACGAGAAGCUGUGCGAGUUUCACAAGACCAUCUCCUACUGCAAGACCUGCCUCGGCCUGCCUGGAACCAGGGCAGCCACCCAGCUCGGAGGCCAGGUCAGCCUGAGCAUGGGCAACGCCUUCCUGGGCCUCAGCCUCUUCCAGAAGGCCCUGGAGAGCUUCGAGAAGGCCCUGCGCUAUGCCCACAACAACGAUGACACCAUGCUCGAGUGCCGCGUCUGUUGCAGCCUGGGCAGCUUCUACGCCCAGGUCAAGGACUACGAGAAAGCCCUGUUCUUCCCCUGCAAGGCUGCAGAGCUCGUCAACGACUAUGGCAAAGGCUGGAGCCUCAAGUACCGGGCCAUGAGCCAGUACCACAUGGCUGUGGCGUAUCGCCUGCUGGGCCACCUGGGCAGUGCCAUGGAGUGCUGUGAGGAGUCUAUGAAGAUUGCACUGCAGCAUGGGGACCGGCCACUGCAGGCACUCUGCCUGCUCUGCUUUGCUGACAUCCACCGGAGCCGUGGGGACCUGGAGACAGCCUUCCCUAGGUACGACUCUGCCAUGAGCAUCAUGACCGAGAUUGGAAACCGCCUGGGGCAGGUACAGGUGCUGCUGGGUGUGGCCAAGUGCUGGGUGGCCAGGAAGGCGCUGGACAAGCUGGGCCAGCUCAAGCUGCACUGCCUGAGCGAGAGCAUCUACCGCAGCAGAGGUUUGCAGCGGGAGCUGCGCGCCCACGUCGUGCGCUUCCACGAGUGCGUGGAGGAGACAGAGCUCUACUGCGGCCUGUGCGGCGAGUCCAUAGGCGAGAAGAAUAGCCGGCUGCAGGCUCUGCCCUGCUCCCACAUCUUCCACCUCAGGUGCCUGCAGAACAACGGGACACGGAGCUGCCCCAACUGCCACCGGUCAUCCAUGAAGCCUGGCUUUGUGUGACCCCAUCAGGUCGUGGGCUUCUGCCUCGCCUCCCCUGCUUCUUCUCUAGCCUCACGCUGGAGGCCGCCCUGACCAGCUGCGCCUCCAGUGCCUGUUUGCUCCUGGGGCAGCCUCCAGGGCCUCCUCUGGCCUCAGCCAGGGCCUGGGGCCUGCCUACUGCUGCUCCUCCAGGCCCAGCUGCCCUCCCCCACCCCUUUGUACUUUGAUCUUUACAGAAAAAUAAACCGUUUGUACCUGG